AUGAAUUACAAGAAUGCUUAUGACUAUUUGCUGAAUUUUUAAUCUCAAACCAGUCGAAAUACUUCAAGAAUAAUGAGUAAUGAGGAUUGUUAAUUUUUAUCUGGAUAAAAGGCAAGUUAAAAAAAUAGUGAUUAAAAAUAAAGUGAAUAAAAAUAGAGUGAAUAAAAAUAUAGAAUAGAAAACUAAAAAUCAAACAAUAGAAAUUUAUUUGAAUCAAAAAGUGAAGUUAAAAUCAAUCUUGGGGAAAAUCCAUUUGAUUUAGCUACAUCAUUAAAUUAUUAAAAUUUGUAGUAAUCAAAACAAAACUAUUGCAAUUAACAAGCAUUACAAUUAUUACAAGAAUCUAAUAGAAUGGAUGAUUAAUAUGAAAUUAAAAUUCGAACAAAUGGACCUGUGAAAGAUGAUAUUUUGAGUUUUUUGCUUUUAUUAGGAUAAGUAGAAAUUCGUAAAAUUGAAAACAACUAAGAUAAAGACUUUAAUUAUCGAUAAAGCAAAAGUUUUCACCACUAAAAUUGA